UCACUCAGAGAGUGAGCUAGAUACAAAAGGGACCCUCCCAAGGGAAAAGUGGGAAGCUGCUACCGUGCUGUCAGUAUGGGGGAUUCCCACCCCAUACUGGGUAGAGCCCUUGUGAGGUGGGAGCUUUCUCUAAUCCCAGGUAGAUUAGGGAGACCAAUCCUAGAUUAACCUGGCAGGGGAUUAGAAAGGCAGUCCAGUCAGCAGUUGUCAGAAUGCAUCACAGAGUGUUGGGUGGGAGGGUCUUCUGUACCACAGAGCGAGGGGAAGACGGAGGGGUAAGGAAGUAUAGCAGACAACAGGGUCGCUCUGGCUCCUUAAGGUGGUUACCGUAGAGCACAGUUCUCUCUGCUCUUGAAGGGCAGAACUCCACCUAGGGGAAGUCCAGGGAGAAAAGGUUUCAGGGGGCAGUGCAGUCUCUGCCUCAUUCAGAGUGGGCAGCUUUAAGCCAGGAUGCAGUAGCUAAAGACUGUUAGAUGAGCCACAGGAGAAAAAAAAACUCAUCCCAACGGACAAGAAACGAAGAAACACUCAGGUCCAGGAAGAGAGAGAGCAACACUGGGUGUGGCCAGCAACCAAAGAGGGGAGAAGGGAGAUCUACCAACAGCUUCAGCAUGAAUGAAAUGUACCUGCUUAAUGUGGAAGGAGUCAAGAAAAAGAUUUUACAUGGAGGCCGUGGGGAGCUGCCGCAAUUCAAAGAUGGGAGCAAGCUCACGUUCCACUUUCAGACACUAAAAGACGACUUUGAGCGCACAGUGAUAGAUGACAGUCGGCAGGCUGGCAUCCCCAUGGAGAUCAUCGUGGGGAAGCUGUUCAAAAUUGAGGUGUGGGAGACCUUGCUAACCUCCAUGAGGAUCGGAGAAGUGGCGGAGUUCUGGUGUGAUGCUAUUCACACAGGCAUGUAUGCGCUGGUCUCCAAGGGCAUGAGGAGGAUUGCGGAGGGCAAGGACCCCUUGGAGGGGCAGAAGCACCGCUGCGGGAUGGGGAACAUGUUUGACUACCACAGCACGGGCUAUGCGGACCUGGAUGAGCUGCAGAGGGCCCCCCAGCCUCUCAUCUUCAUCAUGGAGCUUUUCAAAGUGGAUGACCCCUCGUCCUAUAAACGGGACACCUGGGCCAUGAAUAAAGAGGAGAAGCUGUCAGCGGUGCCUGUGUUGCACAGCGAGGGCAACCGGCUAGUCCUGCUCAAGAGGUACCAGGAAGCAGCGGUGAAGUAUCAGGAAGCGGUCAUCUGCCUGCGGAACGUUCAAGCCAAGGAGAAGCCCUGGGCUGAAGACUGGUUGAGCCUGGAGAAACUCAUCACGCCCCUUGUGCUGAAUUACUGCCAGUGUCAGCUGGAGCUGGGAGAGUACUAUGAGGUCUUAGAGCACACCACUGACCUCCUCCAGAAGAACAAUGAGAACGUGAAGGCUUACUUUAAACGCGCAAAGGCCCAUGCCGCUGUCUGGAAUGAGGCGGCAGCGCGAGAAGACUUCCUGAGGGUGGCUCAACUGGACCCAUCACUGGCAGCAGCUGUGAAGAAAGAGCUGAGGCUGUUGGGGGAGAGGAUGAGAGAAAAACGUGUGGAAGAGCGGCAGAGAUACCAGGGCCUCUUCCAGCAGCCUCAGCUCAAAGGGGCAACAGAAGGGAAGGGGCAGUGGGGAGGAGAUGGGAAUGCUGGAGUUGGCAGGCAGGAGGGAGGAGAUUCUGGGGAAGGUAGGGAGGAGACAGGACUGGGAACAGAGAGCUCCACAGCCAAGGAGGAAGAACAAAACCAAGGGAUUUCUGGAGCAGAGGCGGUUACCAGAGAGACAGGCCUUGGAGAAGAGAACACACAGGCAAAGAGGGAACAAAGCCUGGGAGAGUCUGGGGUAGAGACAGGACUUGGGGAAGAGAGUGCCAGAGCAGAGAGGGAAGAGCCAGACCAAGGGAAUUCUGGGGUCGAUGGCGGGAUGGAGGAGACAGGAUGGGGAGAAGGGAACAUAGAAGCAGAGAGGGAAGAGCCAGGGGAAGGAACAGACCAAGGGAAUUCUGGGAUCAAUGGCGGGAUGGAGGAAACAGGAUGGGGAGAAGGGAACAUAGAAGCAGAGAGGGAAGAGCCAGGGGAAGGAACAGACCAAGGGAAUUCUGGGGUUGAUGGAGCAGGGAGAGGCCAAGGAAACUUGGGGACAGAGGAGACAGGCCUUGGAGAAGGAUUUUCCAGAGCAGAGACAGAAAGAACAAGCCAAGGUGAUUGUGCGGCAGAGUCUCAUAGCGUUCAAGGCCAGAAGGGACCACUAGAGAGAGGCCUUGGAGAAGAGAAUGCCAGGGAAAGUCAUGGGGCAGGAGCCAGAGAAAGGAGCUCAGAGGCAGAUGAAGAAUGGGGAGGGAGAGCAGAAGGAUGCUCUAGCACGAAAGCAGCAGGGCAGAGCUUGGGGGAAGGGGUUGGGCCUGGGGCAGAGAACAGCAGGAUGCUUUGAGAUGAAUGUUGAGAAGUACAAGUUGCUUCCUUGCUAACACACUGGAGGGAGGUCAACACUGAGGGACAAUGCUGCUGCUCACAAGGGCUGCCGAGGUGGGCAAAGGGUCCCAGCCACUAUCAGUGUAGUGCAGGACAGCAGAGAGCCCAGGGAGGGAAGUGCAAUACAGGGGACCCAGGGCCAGGCUGAGAUGUGCGGGACUAGCAGGUCCAGCUGGGCUGCUCUGUGAGUAGUUAGACUUUGGCCUGAACAAAGAGCCCUGGCUCAGUGAAAGGUGACUGGGCAUUGGCUGGAGCUCUUUGCCAUCUGUAUGGUGCAGGCUGAGCCACCAAUGAAACCAGGAUCUGACCACGUAACCUCAAUCAAAAGUGCAGGAGCCAAGG